AUGGAUAAACACAACGAAAACAUUAACAUGAGCCACGGUCCGCGUCGUAGGCAGCGCAGGGCGCCACGCCCGAACCAGCCGCAGCGUCCCACACAGCUCAUAAAUAGCACUGUGUCUGUGGACGCUCCGCAAGACCAGGCCCUCUCUCAACAUCUGCUCAGACAGAACCAAGAGCUGAAGCUACAGUUGGAAAGGGAACAGGAGAGGAACCAGGCCUCCCAGGAAGAGCUUCUCACACAAAUAGAGAACCUCAAACUGGAUGUAGAGCGGGAUCCAGGCGAGAUUUGGGCCUUCAAAUCUCGCCACCAGGCUCAGUGCGAGCACUGGAUGGAGUACACGGAGAAUCAGCACAAGAAAGAGCUGGAAGAAAAAGACAAAGUCAUCAGGAGUUUAGAGGAAAAGGCUGACGACGCUUUUCGUGACCAGGUGCAGGAGGCCAAGGAAGCUGUGGAGGACGAGUUACGCAAUCUGUCUGAAAGAAACGUUAAACUCGAAAUCAUGCUGGACCGUAGAGAAAAGAGAGCACAGAGACUCCUGGAUGUAAUCUCUGAGACGUCCCGACAGAAGGCCGCUCUGAGGGACCAGAUCACAGCUCUCCAACAGGAACUGCAGCAGGAGCAGCAGGAGCAGCAGGAGAAGGAGUCACUGAGGACUCAGGUGACCCAACUUCAGUCAGAUCUGAGUGAGAGAGACCAGGCCACACUCACAGCCCAGAGACAUGUGGAGCAGUUAGAGACAGAGACGCAGAAGCUGUCAACAACAGUGGACUCUCUCACAUCUGCCCUGAACCAGGAGAAGUGUCUCACCAGUGAAGCUGAGCGCAAAAUGCAGGAGAAGGAGAGAGAGACACUGAAGCUGAAGACACAAGUGUCCGCACUAAGAUCUGCCCUGGACCAGGAACAGCAGGCCACCAGAGAGGCCCAGACCUCCCAGACUGCUCUGCAGCAGCUGGUAGAGGAGCUCAAAGAGAAGCUUCAGACUGAACAGGCGCAAAUAAGGGCCUUCAAAGCACAGUGUGAGAAUGUCCAGAAUGAGCACCUCAAAGAGCUGGAGGCCAAAGAGUGUGAGAUCACUCAUCUGAAACAGCAGAAGGCUUCUGUUUUUGCUGCACAAGUGGAGGAAGCCAGAGAAGCUGUGUGGGCGGAGAUCGCAGACCUUAAAGUCGCCAACUUUGACCUCGAGGAAGAGUUGAUGAAAAGAGACGAGCAAACCCAGGCCCUCCAGGACACAAUCACCCAGAGGUCCAAAGAGGAGAAAAGUCUGAAAUAUCAGGUGACCGAGCUCAGACAGGCCCUGCACCAGGAGAAACAAGAGACUGAGGCUUUGUGGAGCGAGGUGGAGGAACUAAAGAACAACCAGAUGCAAAAUACUACAGAAAGUCCUGCCUGCAACAGAGACGUCUGGGAAGUCCUCAAAGAGAAGCUUCAGCAGCUCCACCGAGAACAGCUGUGUUCAGAGAAACAGAGCCGGCUGAUCCUGGAGCAGCAGGUCCAGAAGCUGUCUGAGGACCUGACCUCCUCUCAGGACUACAACACUGCUCUGGAGCUCCAGGUUCAUGAGCUCCAGGACGAGGUCAACGGGCUGCACAAGAAGAAGAAGAGGAGGAGUAGGAGUUGCCACGACUCCGUGAAGCUGAUCAAGUUCGCGGACGACACCACCCUCAUUGGACUCAUCUCCAACAACGAUGAGUCCGCCUACAGGAGGGAGGUGGACCGGCUGGUGUCCUGGUGCAGUGGUAACAACCUGGAGCUGAACGCCCAGAAGACAGUGGAGAUGAUUGUGGACUUCAGGAAGAGCACUGUCCCCCCGCCCCCACCCUCCGUGAUGGACUCCCCCAUCACCUCUGUGGAGUCCUUCCGUUUCCUGGGCACCACCAUCACCCAGGACCUCAAGUGGGAGCCGACCAUCAGCUCCCUCAUCAAGAAGGCCCAGCAGAGGAUGUACUUCCUGCGGCAGCUCAGGAAAGCCAAGCUGCCUGCACAGAUGUUGGUGCAGUUCUACACGGCCAUCAUCGAGUCCGUCCUCACCUCCUCCAUCACCGUGUGGUUCGCUGGAGCCACAGUCAGGGACAAACAGAGACUACAGCGCAUUGUGCGCUCUGCAGAGGAAGUGAUCGGCCGCAGCCUUCCAUCGCUGCAGGACCUAUUAGGCCGUGGAUGCCAGCGCGAGUUUCACAGCGCGUCCUCUGCCAUGACGCUGUCUGCGCCCAUGUCCGCGCUGUAA